AAGGAAGGGUAUAAAUACAAGGCACAAGGAGACAGACAGGAGCAAUCCUUUUGUAUGGAGCCACAACUCUGGCAACAGAUGCUCCAAGCUGUGACACACUCAAACACAUACAGUAUACGUAGGGUUUAGGGCCUGGCUCCAGGGCUUCCCUUGUGCUCCCAUGCGAAGAGGACCCCCAGGGGAGCUGACGCCAGCUGAGACUGAAAAACAAGGUAAGAGCACAGCUGACACACAUGAACACAGACUCAGCUGUUUGUCUCAAAGGAGAGUUCAGUAUGUGAAGAACAUGGAGAGCCAGGAAAGACUGCCAGAUUCAAGCCUCCCAGGGAGAAAACAUAGUGGGAACAGUGAAAGAUGGAAAGCCUGAAGAUGCUAGAGUGUGUGCGCUAUAGGUGUGCAAUGGGUGUAAGGUUUAAGUCCCACUAUGGCGGAGGAAAGCCUGGAUACAGAUGACCCCAGAUCUUCCAUGCCGGCUGAGCUCCACCAUCCCCACUCUAAGUACUCUCAGUGGAAGUUUAAACUGUUUAGGGUGAGGUCCAUGGAGAAGGCACCUCUGCCCAGUGAGACACCUCCUGAGAAAGGAGCCUUGUUAGGGAUCUCACCUCCCUCAGCUCCAAAUACAGAGUUAAAUAAUGGUGUGGGUGCAGGGAGUGUUAUGAAAUUGUGCCUUGGAGGAAAAAGCAAAGAAAAUGUAGAAGGCCCUGGCCAGAGGGUAGAUAUAAAGCUGCAGGAAAUGGACACCCACAUGAGCCACCUCAGGUGCUUGUGCCGCCUCUGUGGAGUGGCGCUGAGAAAAAUCAAAGGACCAGUACACAAUGUUCAUGGGGAUCUGGAUGAGACAAGCAAAGCUGCCCUGUGUAAAAUGGGUUGCAAGGCUACAAGCUGGCCAGAGAUCAUUCUCAAAGUCUUCAAGGUAGAUGUGACAGAGGACACAGAGUCUGUCCACCCUCUUUCCUUCUGCCAUCACUGCUGGAAGGCUGCCAUACGAGGAGGGGGUGUCUGCAGCUUCUCUAGAACAAGAGUCCCUGAGUGGAAACCCCACUCUUCCCAAUGCCACCUUUGCUCCCCCAGGAAACCUUCAUUCCAGCGGACUGGGAGAAAGAGAAGGAAGGUCAUUCCCAGAGUCCAGAGCCUGGCAAAAAGGACCAAGUGGGAUCACGGUGACGGCACCGCCGCUGGUGAGAGGAGGGCUCUUCGGCGUCCUGUCCUCAGGUCCUGGAGGAAACCCAGCACCCAGAGAGAGCAAUGGGUGAGGAACAUCACCCACUGCCAGAAAGACCACCUGAGUAUCAAGCUAAUCUCUGAGAAGCUUCCUAUAGACUUCAUCUUUUCUUUCACCUGCCUGGUGUGUGACCACCUGCUCUCUGAUCCAGUUCAGUCUCCCUGCGGGCACCUCUUCUGCCGCAGCUGUAUUAUGAAAUAUAGUUAUGUUCUGGGACCUCAUUGCCCAGCCUGCAACUUGCGCUGUGUACCUGAUGAUCUGACCUCACCUGCCAAAGCUUUCUUAUCAGCCCUACAGUCCCUGCCUCUGCUCUGCCCCAGAAGUGGCUGUGGCAAGCAGAUAAGGUUAGACUCAUUUAAAGCUCAUUGUCUGGACCAUGAGCUGGAUGAACAGGAUGCAAACAAGCAGUCAUCGGAACUUGACAGCUACCCGCUAACCAAUAAAGGGGGAAGACCUCGUCAGCACUUGCUAUCCCUAACGCGUCGUGCCCAGAAGCAUCGGCUGAGGGAUCUAAAGAACCAAGUGAAGAUUUUUGCAGACAAAGAGGAAGGUGGUGACCUGAAGUCUGUGUGCAUGACUCUGUUUCUGCUUGCACUGAGAUCUGGGAAUGAACACCGACAGGCAGAUGAGCUAGAGGCCAUGAUGCAAGGCAGAGGCGCUGGGUUGCAUCCUGCUGUGUGUUUGGCCAUUCGGGUCAACACUUUCCUGAGCUGCAGCCAGUAUCAUAAGAUGUACCGGACUGUCAAAGCCACCAGUGGACGCCAGAUUUUUCAGCCCCUGCACACUCUGCGAGCUGUAGAGAAGGAGCUUCUCCCCGGCUUUCACCAGUUUGAAUGGCAGCCAGCUCUUAAGAAUGUGUCUACAUCUUGCAAUGUUGGCAUUAUUAAUGGGCUCUCUGGAUGGACUUCCUCAGUGGAUGACUCCCCAGCUGACACCAUGACUCGGCGGUUUCGCUAUGAUGUGGCACUGGUGUCAGCAUUAAAGGAUCUGGAGGAGGACAUCAUGGAUGGGCUGAGAGAGAGAGGGAUGGAAGACAGUACUUGCACCUCAGGCUUCAGUGUCAUGAUCAAGGAAUCUUGUGAUGGCAUGGGCGAUGUCAGCGAAAAGCAUGGUGGAGGACCAGCUGUUCCUGAGAAGGCUGUACGUUUCUCUGUCACCAUUAUGUCUAUCUCUGUCUUGGCAGAUGAUAGGGAGGAAGAGGUUACCAUCUUCAGAGAGCCAAAGCCAAACUCAGAACUGUCUUGUAAGCCCCUUUGCCUGAUGUUUGUGGAUGAGUCAGACCAUGAGACACUCACAGCCAUCCUGUGGCCUAUAAUUGCAGAGCGUAACGCAAUGAAAGAGAGCAGGCUCAUCCUAUCCAUUGGUGGACUACCUCGCUCCUUCCGCUUUCACUUCAGAGGCACAGGAUAUGAUGAGAAGAUGGUGCGUGAGAUGGAGGGCCUUGAAGCCUCUGGAUCCGCCUAUAUCUGCACUCUUUGUGAUUCCAGUCGGGCAGAGGCCUCUGAAAACAUGGUCCUUCAUGCAAUUACCCGCAGCCAUGAAGAGAACCUAGAACGUUAUGAAAUAUGGAGAACCAAUCCCUUUUCUGAGUCAGUAGAAGAGCUGCGAGACAGAGUCAAAGGGGUUUCUGCCAAGCCCUUCAUGGAGACCCAUCCCACACUGGAUGCAUUGCACUGUGACAUAGGCAAUGCCACUGAGUUCUACAAAAUUUUCCAGGAUGAGAUUGGGGAGAUGUACCAGAAGGUCAAUCCAAGCCGAGAGGAGCGGCGCAGCUGGAGGGCAGCCCUAGAUAAACAGCUGAGGAAGAAGAUGAAGCUCAAACCCAUAAUGAGGAUGAAUGGGAACUAUGCCCGCAGGCUAAUGACCAUGGAGGCUGUGGAGGUGGUGUGUGAGCUUGUGCCCUCAGAGGAGAGGAGGGAGGCCCUGAGGGAGCUUAUGAGUCUCUACCUACAGAUGAAACCUGUGUGGCGAGCGUCUUGCCCCGCCAAGGAGUGUCCUGACCAGCUAUGUCGCUACAGUUUUAACUCCCAGCGCUUUGCUGACCUCCUCUCCUCUACCUUCAAAUAUAGGUACAAUGGAAAGAUAACCAAUUACCUGCACAAGACCCUGGCCCACGUGCCUGAAAUCAUAGAGAGAGAUGGAUCGAUAGGGGCAUGGGCUAGCGAGGGGAACGAGUCGGCAAACAAACUUUUCAGGCGUUUCAGGAAGAUGAAUGCACGUCAGUCAAAGUCCUUUGAGCUGGAGGACGUAUUGAAACAUCACUGGCUCUACACCUCCAAGUACUUGCAGAAAUUCAUGGAAGCUCACAAAGACUCAGCCAAAGCUCUGCAAGCAAGCAUUGACCCAAUAGAGUACCAAGAUGAAGAGGACAUGUGUCUGGAAGAUGAUUUUUGAGUCGUCUUUUUAAUGUGAACAUUAACACGUUGUUGAUUUCGUGGUUGUUGUACAGUUGUACAAUAAUUGCCUCAAUCAGUAAGAGGGACAUGUUUUUAUUUUACUUCUGUACCCAUUGUUAUUUAGAAUAUCAGGGAAAUAGCAAUGUCAUAAUAUUUUGAAAGAUUUAAGCAACAUUAUUGUUAAUCACAGGCUUAUUAUUGCCUUGCCCUGCUUUGUUAGUCAUUAGUUACUACAAUGCAAAGAUAGGACAGCGAAGAAGUACUGAAGUAACACACAGGUUUCUUUUCUCUUGCUCUCAGCAGUAAAGUUCUCUUUUUUAUCAUCACCGUCUGUGAAAUAUGGAGCAGUUUAUUGUAUUGCAAGGAUAUGACACAUUUAUGAAUAUAUAGCGAGGAUAUUUAUGGCAACAGAUGAAAGUGCUGUAAGUCAUGGGGGGAAAUUGUGUUAAAAAGACCACAUUUUUGGCCUGUGUAUUAAUAUAUCAUUUGAGCUGGAGCAAAAUGCAAUCACAGAGACCCAAAUGUUCUUUGUUUCAUGAGUGCCCUCUGAAAAAGAUUACUUUAGUGCUUUAUCUUGGGAUCCCUGAGGGGCAGAAUAGAUGCCCGGUCACUUUGAACCAAUUUUUAUCUCUUAGCUUUUGCACAGUGGAGAAUAGAUGAUACUUAUUCGAAUUCUUCACAUAAAAUAAAGCUUAUACUGACCUUUUUGUUGAUAUUAUAAAAAUACAGUAUGGUCCAUUAUGAAGCCUAAUACACCAUGGACUCUCCAGCAGCCAGGGAUUUUUCUUAAGUUCUGUAUAUAACCUGGCUCUUUUUCUCUACUGAUAUUUCUCCUUUGCCACAGUUGACAGAGGAGAAGGAUGAGCAGGAGCGAGAAAGACCUGAUAUAAACUGAUUUGUUGGCAACUUUAUUUGUUUGAUUGAUUGAUUAUAUUUUAUUUUUCUGCCCUCACAAUUUUGAACUGUGACAGGCAAUUUUGUUUUCUUAUUUGAUUGAGUGUUUGAUUUUAUGUUACUGUCAUAAGUUUAACCACAUCACAUCUGUAAAAUAUUCACAUUUAAUUUAAUAGUUGUCACAGUCUUACAAUGACAUCAUGUUUCAGAGUGCAUUACAUUGAAACUUGUCUCAUAUCUGUUUUUUUUUUGCUGUAAUGAAUUUCAUUUCCAAAGUAAUGGAUGAUGGAUGAUUCACUGAAUUUCACUUGCUCACUUUUCACCAUGUAUUUCCUCAUUUUUUAUUUUCAUAUCACACUAAAUAUCAAGUAAAUGGUUUACCGAGGUUGCAGAAGACUUUUAGCUGUGAAUUGUUUACUUGUACAGUAUUACACAGAAGAUCCACUACUCUUUCACAUUUUUUUUAUUGGUUUUUAAAUGCUUUACAGUAUUCAGAUCAUUCUGCUGUGUUUUAACAUAACUUUGAUGAUGAUGAUGAUGAUGAUGAUGAUGAUGAUGUUAUGGAGGAUGGCAUUUGUACUUAUUUUUCCUUGUUUCCUCUGAAGAAUAAAUAAAGUCUCAAUAUACUUGAUCUUCUGGUUUGAUUGUAACACUUUGAACUAAAUUUUGUGUUUUAAUAUUGCAUUAAUAGCAGAAUUCAGGUACAUUGGAAGACAGCACUUGCAACUGUUUAUUUUCACUGUGGUGCAGGACUACCA